AUGGUGCGAGUCACCGAGGAGCUGGCCGUCUCCCCCGAGGCGGUCACACUCUACUACGCCACGGAUCCUCUGCUCGGCCAUCUGCCCAUCCUCGCCUUUCACGGGCCCUCGACGACAGCCAACUUCACGCACAACAGCUCCCGCAUCCAGGUCCACAUCUACUCACCAGCUGGCUUCCAGUCCUUCCCGCGCCUGACCAUCUCUCCCAACUCCCCCUUCUAUGGCGCCGUCUCCUUUUUGCCGCGCGAGUUCAAGGGCGACGAGGUCUGCCGUGGCCUCGCCUUUGCGCUCUUCAAGUACUUUAGCGAACUGUCCGACUCGGUCAAGACCUACCUUCGCAACCAAUAUCCCACCACACGUGGCCGCCGUCCGGGCUCUGCCCCGGCGCUCUUUGGCGAGCAACAUGCCGCCGACUUGGCCAAGGCCAUGGCCCUCGUCGACAGCAACACGCCCGACCUGCUGCACACGCUGCAAUGCGCCUUGCAGGCCCAACAUGUCACCAACCUCGAUCUUGAUCUCGUCCUCCCCCCCGGUGCCGUGACGCCCCUGAAGGCGGAGGACCUGGAGACCUCGCCCGAAGAUGAGGACGAUAUCAUCCUCGACCCCACCCUGCGGCAGUACGACCCCGCCUACAUGCCGCUGGUCAAGCUGUUUGGCGACCCGGUCUUCCUGCCGACAUCGAAGCUUCGGCGUGCCCCUUCGCGGCCCAGCUCGCUCAACCACCGCAGCAAGGUCUUCACCAAGGACCAGAAGGUCGAGCUGCGCAUGAAGAUGGGCGAGCUCGUCGACACCGAGGAGCGCUAUGUGCUCAAGCUUAACGAGCUUGUCAAGCACGUCGCCGACGAUUUUCGUCAAAAGGCCGGCGACAGCACGGCCACCCGCGACAGCCCUACGGUCGACGAGCUCGAUCGCCUGUUCCCCCGCUCGGCCGACCGCAUCCUGCAGAUGAACACAGCUUUCAUGCAGGAGCUGCGCCGCGUCAUGGACGACACGGAAGAAGACGCCGUGCGCGAUCUGGAACUGCCGUACAACUUCGGAUCGUCCUCUUCGCGCCACCGUAUGGCUGGUGGCAACGGCAUCAACGGCGGUGCCGGUGCUGGUUCAGUCCGUGUCAAGGAUCCUAGUGGCGCCCUUAACAUGGCCAAGACCUUUCUGGAGUGGUUUCCAAAGUUCACCGACUGCUACCAGGAAUACAUCCGGGCGAGCCAGAAUUUCCCGCAACUGCUCAACGGCUUUCUGGAUCACCAGUCGGGCUUUCGCGACCACGUUUUGCAGACGAUCGGCGAGCAGUCGCUGCGUUCAAUUCUGAUCGAACCCGUGCAGCGCCUGCCACGCUACAGUCUCUUCAUCGACCAGAUCGUCGGCUGUCUGCCCAUCAACCAUCCAGCUCUACAGCUGAUGCUCAAGGCACGCGACAUCAUUACCAAUAUCUGCUCCAUGGACGACCCCCUCGAUGAGAAGCCGCAGGUCACCAAUCGGUUGCGCAAUAUGGUCGAAUCCUGGCCGGCCGACCUGGAGCCCAGAGGACGUCUAGUGCUAGCUGCCGACUUUGUUGAGCUUGUGGCACCUUACGAUGCCGACGCCUAUAGCGUUGGAGCCCAGGACCGUGCCGGUCUCUUUCUCCUCUUCAGUGACUGUCUCAUCCUCGUCAAGAAGAAGCCUGGCUCCGCGGCGACGGGCCGCGAUCUUCUUCGCGAGAUCGAUAAGCCCUCGCCAGCCGGCUUGCUGGCGUCCAUGACCAAUGCUGCCGGCGGCCCCGGCACGUACGAUGUGAUCUUUAACGGCUGGCACCAGCUGGCCGACGUGCGCUUCACCGAAUCGGCCGACGGCCGGCUGGUGUGGAUGACGUCAACACAGGAGAUGAAGGGCGGCCAGGCUGGUGGAUUCACCUCCAGCAAGACGAUCACGUCGCGCUGUUUUGCCCUGCAGGAAUCCUUUGAGGGAAAGGCCGCGCGAUGGAGCGAGGACGUGGUGAAGGCGCGUAUCGAAGGCCGUUUUUCCGAGGCCGAGCGGGAGAACCCGACCUGGACCUUGCGGUCUGCACGCCUGAUUGAGAGCAACAACAUGGGCUUCCAUGCGGCCGUCUUCCAGGAAGGGGCCGAUCAGCUCAUCGAGGGCAGGCGAGAGCCGGCUCCUGUGCGUGUUGUAUUUGACAACCACAGGGGCACUAAGGGUGCCCCCAUCGGGCACUAUGGCGUCGAGAUCGUCGUGGAGGUGCGCAUUGAUAGCGGCAGAGGCAGCAUCGGCAGCAUUGGCCGGGGUAACUAUAAUGACUCUCGGCGCCUGGUCAUGAACGCACUGGGGCUCAACGGCAAGCGGUACACAGAUGACAUUGCCAUUGAGGACUUCCUGCCGACCCUCUCGAGGAGGAUUAUCCAACUCACGAGUGCCCAAUUCAACACGGCCAACCCCAAGUUGGUGCCAGCGCUAGUGUCUUAUAAUACCAAGACGCUGCGUUCUUUGAAUUUUAGUGUGCGUAUCGAAAAGACAAAGUCGUUCCUUGCCUCAGGACCCGGAAAGCUGUUGUCGAGCUUCUUGGGUGGAGGCACCAACAACUCUCCGAUUGGAAACAACAGUUCUGCGCAUUCCAGCUCGUCGGAUGUGGGACAUGGUUCCAUCAGAGGGACACGAUCACAGCCUGGGAGUCUGUCACAUUCGGCCAGCAACAGCCGCCAUCAACAACAGGAUAGCACCUCGCUGAAUAGCUCCCUACGAGAUCGUGACGGGGGGCGACCUACGCCAGACAUAACUCGGCCGGAGAACCCCCUUGUUCGGCUCGAACAGACAUUUACCGGCUACGUGGCAGCGAUCCAGGCACGGAAAGGCCAGUUUGUUGGCCGCUUGUUGCUGAGCCGGGCAUCCAGCACGGCGGACGAGCUGUCGGUCAACCUCUUGUACAACAAGCUGAAUGAGAGUCCAUUUGAUUGGGAGUCAUCGUUCGACCUGCCGCCCGACGUUGUGUUUGCAGCGUUUGAAAAAUUCUCUCGCAUCGCGUGGCGCGAUCAGAUGGGUACCAUUAUGACUAUCCAGUUGCUGGACGCGCUGCAGGAGCGUGCGGCUCGGAAAGUGCCCGGCGACUUUGCCGACUUUGUCAAGUACCUGUUUUCCGACAUGGCACCGCAAAACCGACGGGCGUUCACGGCUCUGAUCAAGCUCCUAGCCGAUCUGCUCGACGGUUGCGACGAUGACGGAGACCGAGGCGCGCUGACCCUGGCCUUUGCCGAGUUGCUGGUUGCGGACAAUGGGGAGCCACACAACUACAUCAACCUGCUGGACCUGUUGGUAGAGGACUGUGACCGGAUCUUUGAGGACAACUCCUUCGGGACGAGCCUGCAGAUGCGGACUGCAUAUGAGUCGUUCAACUCGACAGCUCGGAGCCAGAGGUCAGCAACCGGUUCGGUCACGUCCAACACAUCAUCACUCCGCCGUAAGUUUGGGCUCGAGUCACUCCUCUAUCGUCAGAAUAGCAACAACAACAGAGGUGGCAGCGCUGCCCUGGAGGCCAUAGUGAGCGGCGUCGGCAGCAGCAACGCGGAACCGGAGCGGCCUUCGAUGUGGCGCAACCUGAGCAAACACAGGAACCCGGCUACGGGCGACAAUCUUCCGGGGACCAGGACACUCGUGUCAUCGCGAGUUAACCGAUCCCAGUCCAUCGACAUGGGCAACCAGUCGCCGAUGGGCAGCAGAUCGAUGAGACGGCCGGCGUCGCGAGAUCGGCCUCCCAUAGCCGGCGCCUUUGACGAGAUGCGGCCGUCGAGCUCACACCGGCCGACUAGCUCACAGCAGCUCGAGACGAUUGGCGAGCCGGACGUCGAGCCGGUGACGCCGGUGACGCCGGUGAUGAUAAUACCCGAGAGAUCGUUGAGACGGAAGCGGCGCAGCUCGCUGUCCGAUCUCAAAAGUCUGAUGGCAGCGGCCAGCCUGGAGGAAGACGCGAUGGCGUCGGCGCCGCUCAUGGCCACGAACGGCCUCGAAGACAGUCCUCUGGCACCAGCGCCGCUGAUGACUCCGGGUGGCCUCGAAGAGAGUCUCUUGCCUCCGGCACCGCUGCGGACGAGCAAGACGACAUCGGAAAAGUCCAACUCGGGCCCACCGCCCCAGACACCUUCUCCGCAUAAGAUCACGACCAGCCCAGAGUCGCAGAAUUGUAAGCCAUUGCAGCCGUCGCCAGAGCAGCAGCAGCAGCAGCAGCAGCAGCAACAGCAACGACCGGCCCUUCAACGGCACCAGCGACAACAGAGCCAGCCCUCCGUUGCGUAUCAGCCGUCUCCACGGCAGAAAGAGAACGGAGUGGAAACGCCGACAUACAGAACGGCGCGUGUUCGCUCUCCGUCUUCCUUUGUUGCGCUCUCCGACCUGAACAUGCAGGGCCACGGCCACAGCAAGACACUUUCUGGGUCCAGCUCGUACAUCCCGACAUUGAGGGCUCCCCGUGGAGCAGGCGUGCUGUCUCCAGGCGGCGAUUCACCAGCGUCUUCGCUGCGGUCACCAUAUCUGCCGCCUCCGAGUCCGAGCAAGUUUUCGUCGGGAUCGACUUCGCCAACGCGAACGAAUUCGGCCCCAGGCCAGAAGCUGCGACUGCAGUCACCACAGAAGCUUCGGGAGCGGCUGCAAACAGAGAAGGAGGCAGUAGGUGAGGCAGAUGCGUCGCUCAAGACAGAGCUGUCACGGAUCGCAGCGGAUAUGGCCCGUGUGAACAGUGGCGGUGCAGUGAGCCCACUGGGACUUGCGUCGGAAGGUACACCGUCUCGAACAGGUGUUGGCACGGAUCUGCGGCGGCUGGAGAGCAGCCUCAAGGCACUGGAGGAGCAUGUGUCGCAGGUGACGCAGUCGCUGGCCGACAAGCAGGAGGCGCUACAGCUGGACAUGGACAACUCGGUCAGGGUAGCGGAGGCCAAGGUCCGGGCCAUCGACCAGCUGUACAAGGAGGCGACGGCGGAGAACGAGCUGCUGUACGAGAAGUUCAACACGGAGCUGGGCAAGAUUGUCAAGGCGCUCAAGGGCAAGGGCCGCGACGACAAGGAAGAGCUGGUGACGCGGCUGAAGGAGCAGAGCGAAGAGACGGCGCGGCUGAAGAAGGAGAAUGCACGGAUGCGGCGGGAAGCGGUCAGUCUGCGGACGUUGCUCAAGGCAGGAAACAGCUGA